AUGUCCAAAAGCGUCGAAGAAAAAGGAGCAAUAAUCCGAAUUGGAGAGCAUCUUUAUGGAUUCGAAGGCAUUCGUGAUUUAUCACUAAAAGCAGCAGCAGACGUUGAUCGAUUCUUUGGAAGACAGCCAAGUGGUGAUUUGUCCUAUCAAUCACCGGAUCAAUUCCUAAACCAUUUUGUCGAGGGUUACAGUAACAGCUUCUAUAAAUCGUCUCUGAGUCGUUCGGUCCACGAUCUUUCUGAGUGGAAAAGGAAGCAUAGCGACCCACCCGUUGUGACACCUUCACGUUCCUAUGGGGAGCUGCAUUUCCACAAUGAGAGGAUGCAUAUGGAGAAGGAGGCUCAUGUAGCUCCUGCACCUCACAAAGAAGAGUCAAACUACGCCCAGAUCAGAUCGACUGAGACCGAAACCCUCAUCCACACCGGUCGCCCCUUGGAGCUCAGCCAAUACCCUAUGCUUGACCGUCUAACUCAAGCUAUGUCCAACUCAGUGCAUGAUGUUCAGGAAAAACUUUAUAACACUGUCACUGUCCAUUCGGGUUCCGAACCUUCUCUGAAUCAACAGCAUUAUCGUUACGGUUCCCUGGACAGUCGUGGAGAGCCCAAGUUCCAAAACACAGCUCCUUUUGAGUGCAACCAUCACCUAGUCCGUGACUUCGAGGAUGCAAUGAGCGAGAGUUCGACUGCCCUGGUGUGCGAUGCCGAUGUGCAGCCGAUCGCGCCAAGGCUUCAGUCAGAGGGCAGUAUCAGAAGUAUGACAUCGUCCAGACGCUCAAUGGUGGACCACCUCUCAGUCGACCAACUCUCCGAUGCCGUAUUUCAUACGCCCGUCAGCUCCUACUCGGACGUCGUAGAGCCCGCCUAUGACCCCUAUCGCCAUGAGACCAAGCACCGGGUCGUCAGUGAAGACCUUGGUACAGAGAUACAUGUUCGUCGUAGCAAAGAGCUCCCUACCCACAACACUGCCUCGGGCCAUGGCCACGAUGACAAGAGAAGUACUAUGACUAUCACCAAGACUAUGAACAUCACCGACUGCGGGGAGGGCAGCGAUGUCUCGGACAGCGAAACACUUCGCCCACAGCCUUCGAUUGAUUCCCAUUCGGACUCCGAUGCGACAAUUGUCGCAAAUGAGAUUGAAAUUCUCCAAAAAGCUGCCGAACUUGACGAAGCUCAUCUGCAUGCACAUGUCAAACUGAUUCCCAGUCAGCAUUCUUGGGAAAGCGAUGGAAUCGCUCGUCAAAAAUCAAAUGAAGAGGCCGAAGCUCUUUUACGAGACGUUCACUCCACUCAUCAAGCUCUACAAGAACAGAUCCAACGAUACUCCAGUAUGUCUAGCCUAAACAGUUCAAAAAAGGAAUUGAUCUACGACCCUGUUGCCAAGGAUCCUGAACACAUCUACGAUCCUGUGGCUUAUGGUGGACUUCACCACGCCCAUGGAGCUAUUGUUCUAUCAGAGCCAGUCAAGCGUCCACUUGCGGUCAGUCCACCUCUUUAUGAUGAAGCCGCGGUCGACGAAAGCCAUAACAUUGAUGUGUUACAAUAUUCUGAAACAGACCUUUCGAAUCAUCAUGCCUAUCUCGAUAAUGAUGAGCAUAUCUACGAGGAAAUCGGCCCACAUCCACCAGGGUCUAUCGGGCAUGGCGUGAGCCCAUCAGAUAUUGGGCAUGGAGUGAGCCCAUCAGAUAUUGGGCAUGGAGUGAGCCCAUCAAUUAUCGGGCAAGGAGUGACGGAUAAGAGAGAAACCACUCAAUACCAUUAUGCCGUAUCCACGAAGAUUGGUGAAGGAGCUGUCGAUGCCAGAAAUGUCAAGGAGCAUGAUUAUCCAAUGCCAACACCAAUCGGUGAGGGAGUGAGUGAUGCAAAAAAGACGACCAGCCACGAUUAUGAAGUUCUGCAGAAAGUCCCGGAAGCAGUGAACGGUGUAAGCCCGAUUUACAAAGAUGAUUACAAAGGUGUGAAGGUCAUCAGUGACGUGAACUCAAAUGUGGAAAAGGCAGUGACCGUUACGAGCUCUGUGAAAGAGGAUGUCCCUUGGCAAGGGUAUCGCGUAGAGCCCAACGAAGUGGGUGAGGUUGUCCAUGCGAAAUUGGUGCAUAUUGAUUACAAUGAGGACGAUAGUAAGGCUCACAUGGGAAAAGUGAAUCGAACGCUCGGCAAAGAGCAUCAGAUCAUCCGCAACCUGGAUGAGAAUCGAGGCAUCUCUAGAGAAGAGAAUACCAUGCGCUCAACCGAGAAGACCGCUUACGUGAAACCCGCAGUUCACGAUACCCACGGAGGUAGAGCUUUCGACUUGAACAAAUAUGAAGAACUUGGUGGAGAAGAACUGCCCAAGGAAGAAUUCGACAGGGAGACCGCUGCAGCUACAGUAGCCAUUCGACGAAUGAGCAGGACCAAUCAGUGGAGUGAAGAUGAUGAACGACGCUCCCGAGGGUACCUUACUCCGGGACUGAAAGGGCAUGUCGUGUUACCAAACGGUAUUAGUGAGGAUCCAUCCCCAGAUGGUCUUGUUUCGCUACGGCUUAUCAUUGGAUAUUGUGAUCUUUCGCAGCACGACGUCCAAAAUUCCUAUCACGAAGGAACCUUUGGGAAGCAGAACACCCAAGACACCCAUGGAAAGGAGACCAAGAAAAGCCAUGAGAAAGCUGCCAUAUUCCAUGAGCUCACCUACGAGGGAAUUAGCCCAAGAAGCCAUGAAACAAGGCACCUGUACAAAACGAAAAGUGCAGGCGACUUGAAAUCUGGCGGAGUUAUGGAAAUCUUGCGAUAUCAACCAGGGAUCGAUGAUGAGCUGAAGAAGGACCAGAAAAAACCAGCAACGAUCGGCGAAGGUGUCGUUUCACACGCUAGAGGCCGGGAAGGCCACACAGCCGUUGUCCAUCCUGCCACAUCCGAUACGCAGACGGUCCGCAAAGGCUUCGUUCAUGAAAUGGCAAGAAGACUUGAGCAAACACUGGCCGAGGAGACAGCGAAAAAGCCAACGCCUGCGCGAUUGCCGAGGACAAAAUCGUCAGAACGAUCAUGGCAAAAGAUACAAGGCACAGAAAUCGGUAGUGGAGCGGUCCCGACCGGGCAAAGGGUCGCGCAAUCAGCAGCAAUCGGAACUGGAGCGGUGUCAGCCGGAUUUGAACCGUCGAAAGCUUCAAGUGACGUUCCGUCGGUCUCGGUUCACGAUGCGAUUCGAACAUUUGAACAAGCAUCUUCUAAACAGCAUUCUUACAAGGAUGAUAUUGUGGAGAUUCCCUAUGAAACACAACAAAUGGAACGGCAAAGGAUGGUUUCAAUCGGCACGCCCGAAUCAAUCAAUCUUGACGAGAUGGAUCUACCCCGUUGGAGUCCAAAUCGCAACAUUACGGGCGCUGCCUCGCCAUCAGGGUGA